CCCUGACUCUUUUUUAUUUUUUCCUCCCAAAUUUGCGAUAUUUAUAUUCAGUCCGAAUAAUUUGCCCUGAUAGACUCUUAGGCCUUUUGUAUUAAACACCCCCCUCAAUUUCAGUAAACACAAAAAACCCAUCUCCCUACUCUAUUUAAAUUAUAUAAUGGCUUCAACCGCACUUGGAUUACGAUUCGCUAAGACAGCAAUGUUGACAGCUCCUAAACCAAUGGUAGCAGCAUCAUACCGCGCAAUGUCAACCCAAGCAGUCAGAAACAUUGAUCAGAUCAAAGAUAUUACAGUGAAGCCUAACAACAGCGCAGAAUACGUUUUGUCUACUGUUGAUCGUGUCGUCAAUUGGGCUCGUGAAGGUUCUAUUUGGCCCAUGACUUUCGGUUUAGCAUGUUGCGCUGUUGAAAUGAUGCAUUGUUCUGCUCCUCGUUAUGAUCAAGAUCGUAUUGGUAUUGUUUUCCGUGCCUCUCCUCGUCAAUCUGAUGUCAUGAUUGUUGCCGGUACUUUAACCAACAAAAUGGCACCUGCUUUGAGAAAGGUUUACGAUCAGAUGCCCGAACCUCGUUGGGUUAUCUCUAUGGGUAGUUGUGCUAACGGUGGUGGAUACUAUCAUUACUCUUAUUCCGUAGUUCGUGGUUGUGAUCGUAUUGUUCCUGUUGAUAUUUACGUUCCCGGCUGUCCUCCUACUUCUGAAGCUUUGCUUUACGGUAUUUUCCAAUUGCAAAAGAAGAUGAGAAGAACCAAGAUCACACAAUUGUGGUAUCGUAAAUAGAUUAUUUUUUUUUUUUUUCGCUGUCGGAUUGGGGAAAAAAAAAGAAGAAGAAAAAGGAUCAAGAUUUACCGUGUCUAAAAAUACGUAGAUUUUUCAUACAGAAUAAACAAAAAAUAAUAUAAAAAUAUACAUCCGCAAACCUAACACAAUUUGUUACAUUUUCUGUGGAUGUUUUGGGCUUAGUUUUAAACAGUAGCGUGGAUCCGUGAUACACGUGUUGUACUACAACUAUCCCAGACUUGGAACCAUGAACGCUCAGGUCACCUUAUACACAUAAUGCAACUGUAACGAG